CUUUUUCUGCCUCAUGAGCACAAACAAAAAAUACUACAAGCCAGGUACUUGCGGUAUCGCGAACUCAUGGAGAGCCCACAUGAACAUCAACAAACCCAGCUCUUCUCGCGCAUUAUCGCCAAUGUGGAGAAGCUCAACGAGGCGAUAGCUGUGCUCAAUGGCCGUUUGCAGGAGAUCAAUGUACAGAACAUGAACGUCGAGUUGGUGGCGCAAAUGUUCAAGAACUACCAGGCCAAUUGUCUGUUCCAUCUCGAGGCCGUCGGUGCUCUCAAAGAUCCGUCGGGAUGAGACAGAUACAAGAUCUCGCUUCCUAGGGAUUCGGGGGGAGACGAAACGAAAUGAAUUCACCGUGAUGGUAGUGUAACGCACAUUUUCUCAGUCUUGAUCCUUCUGCCGUCACCCUUCCAUGAAUCCGUGGUGGAGGUGGACGCGACACCGCCGAAAUUUUCUCUCCAUCGAAAUCGGUGCUUGCAUCGCUGAACACGCUCAUGGCUCGCAGCAUGUCUCGCCGCCUCCGCGUCUGACGGUGAAGGA